AUGGAGAGCACCUUCACUGCACUGAGGCCAACUGACUUUCUUCAACGAGAUACAGAAAUCACUCUCCCCGAGAACGAGGAAUCGGACGAUCUGGACAGCAUAUACAUGCCUUCGACAGAAAGGGCACGUCUACAGACCCUACUACGGGCACAGGCGUUGCGAUCUUCGCAGAUGUUGACCGAGAAGUACUGGACGAUAUGGCUAAAUCACUAUCUAACACCCUUCGAGAGCAACAUCGAAAGCAAAAACCCCUCGUGA